AUGCAAGAUUUCCUGAGUCAUGAUGGGAUUUCAGUCAAGUACAAAGCUUAUCUUUCCAAGAUAACUAGCUUAAAGGAACCUAGCAGCUAUGAAGAAGCUGCAUCAGAUCCUAAAUGGGUAGAAGCUAUAACACAAGAGCUGAAUGCCCUCAAAGAGAAUGAGACCUGGUCCUUGGUAGAUUUGCCAACAGAGAAAGUUCCCAUUGGUUGCAAAUGGGUAUUCAAAAUAAAAUAUAGAGCAGAUGGUGAAUUUAAAAGAUACAAAGCACGUUUGGUUGCGAAAUGGUAUAAUCAGAUUGAAGGCCUCGACUACCAAGAGACCUUUUCUCUUGUAGUCAAAAUGGUGACAGCCAGAGUGGUUCUUGCCCUAGCAGCAGCACACAAUUGGAACUUGCAUCAGAUGGACGUAUACAAUGCCUUCCUUCAGGGCAACCUCAUUGAAGAAGUGUAUAUGUGA